UACAACUUGGUUGUUGUGGGCUGCAACACAGAGUGUCUGCAGUUGCUCCAGCUGUCCGGUGGAUGUCGCGUUAACUCCUGGAAAUUCCACUUCCAGCCUUUCGCUUUGGGAGAGAGACACGCCGACACCACAAUCAAAAUGGCCUCUAUCAGCGAUUGCGCUGGACGUGGAUCAAAAUGUGCAUAAACUACUACCCGCAGUGGCUUUACCAUGCAUCCUUAACGCUAAAGGCUUCGGGGGCGCGAUGUCAUGAGUAUACCAGACCAGCCGAAUUGGCGGACUACAUAAGAUGAGAGCUUGUUUUGCAGACAGCCCAGCAGAACCGGGGCGCCGCCGCUGCAGCAGGGCUUCAUCCGCCUUUCCGACCCAGCGACACCUCCAGUGAGAUGGAGAGGGUGGAGGAUGCUGGUGAGCCCAAGCUCGCACCGUUUAUCGAUGUCAACGACAACCGGGAGGAGCACAAAGCACGCGUUUGCGGUUCAGACACAGACGGAGCACGGGAGGGCUCUGUUUACAUUUCGCCAUACGCGGAUCCAGGCGGUGCUGGACAGCAGACUCUCUCCUCGGUGCUGACGGGGUGCAAGGCCGGGGUAUUAAACGGGUUUCCCGAACAGCUGGAUAUGGUGUGUCCGGAUGGAGAGGAGGAGACGCAGUCAGACACGGGUCGGGUUUCAGGGACUUUCGAGACCGAGGAUAAACCCGACAAGGCGUAUUUAAAUUCCCAAAUGAGGUCUGCAGUGUCAUUCAUGGGUAAAACCUCGCCCGAUAUGAAGAUACCUAAUGGAGAUGUUACCCAUGAACACAUGGAUCAUGAUCAAACUCAAUUAAGAUGUUUAAAUUACACAGAAGGAUUCAACAGGAAGGCGUCUGCUGCUUUAGACAGGGGUGUGAAAGUGGGCAAUGGAGGGCUGUUGAUUGUGAACAGCUAUGACACCCUCUCUCAAGUCCCUUUUGGAGCCUUGGGUGGCCUUCCUGCUCCAGAACGUCCUGUCUUUGUUCAUCAGAGCGAUGGUGUCCUCUCCUCUGGGAGGUCAUGUGAAAGGGUCAGUCAUCCCAGCGCAGAUGAGGCCCAUCUCUGUGACCCGGAUCCAGUAUACACACUGACAGAUCUCAGCACCAAGCUAUCCUUGUCACCCCUGGCAGAAAACACCAGCGAUUACACUGAGACAGACCCUAGUCCGGAGGAGGAUUUCAGUGACACAGGGCCCCCAGUCAGGCCCCAGAACCUCCGGACAAACCCCGGGCACCCAAUCUCCCUCAGCUGUGAUGCCACUCCUUUGAGUCCUGAGGACGAUGGGUAUUUUGGGGCAGAGGGUUGUGUGGAUGAAUGUCUCAGCUCUGGGAAUACAUUUGAGGGCGUUCGGCGGCAGAGUGCUCCAGACAGAGUGGAUGUUGACCCCAAUGCCUCAUCUGACCAGACACUUGGCACCAAGAGACAUGGCAUUGCUGAUUUUCUUACCAGGAGUUUGUUUUCCUGGAAGCCCAAAGAAUCAAGGGCAGUGGCUUCCCAUAGUGCUCCAGGAUGGAAGCUGUUCGGGAAAAUUCAGCUACGGGACAAUCCUCUGAAAGACUCCAGAACCAUUCAACAGGUGAGAGACAUGGUUAAGACUUGAACAUAAGAAUUCA